UCACUGAAUCAGUGAGACAGGUUGCCAGUCCUGAGUUACACUAAUAAUGUCGAAGUAAUGUUCGUAUAUUUAUCGAGUUCGUUUAUCUGUUCCAGCUUAAUUGCGUCUCUUUGUUUUUGCUAAAAACGAUGCGUUUAUAAAUAUGCUUUGUUAAAAAAAUAUGAAUCUUUGUGUGGGGCUUAGAAUGGAGUAGAUCUCCUCCAAAGAUCCCACCCACUGUGUCAGUGAUUUGGUUGGUGGCGGCCAUAUUUGUGCAAGGUGGAGCAGUAGAAAGCUGAAGUUAGUUGAUCACUUUUGUGAUAUUUCCGAUAAUAUAAUUUGUUGUCGUAAUGUAUAUUUAUUUGCUGAUAAUUUUCAUUUCGGAUCAAUGAUUUACGAUUUCAGUUUCUCUCUGGACCUGUGAUAAUCCAUUGUGGGUGUGAUGCCGUUCCCGCCGCCUCCACCACCACCGCCCGGACCACCUCCACCCCCCAGCUUCCCUACAUCUGCCCCUCAACCUGUCAGCGCAGAGGGGCGUAACCUUUUGCUGCAGAGUAUUCGCCAAGGCACCACCCUUAAGAAGGCUGUCACCAAUGACAAGAGUGCCCCAGCCAUCAGUGGAUCUGUGCGGCCCAGCAGCAGCAGUAGUAGUAGUGGUGGCAGUGGUGGGGGCAGUCCACGUAGCAAUGGAGGCAUCAACGGUUCGGCUACACUGGGUCGCAGCAAUGGGCUGGCUGGGCUCUUUGCAGGUGGCAUGCCUCGGCUCAAACCCACUGGCGUUGAUAUCGGGCAAAACAAUUCACAAUCACUGACUUCACUGCCUUCUGCCACUGCACCUGGGCAAGAGCCAACGAGAAGGCAGUUCAAUGUUGACAUCAAGAAUAGAGGUCCUCCACCCAAACCUCCUCCUUCCAACCAGAAACCAACGAUGCCUCAGGAUGGCUCUAUUCUAGAAAUGAGGGCAAAAUUAAAGCAAACUGAUCGCAAGAAGUCUUUUUCAUCAGAUAGUCUUGUUGACUACCCAGCACUGCCUAGACCCCUUGUAAACUCCUCUGCAGUGACUCCUCUUUCUCCUAGACCACAAGUGAUACCACUUUCUCCCAGACCUCAAUUGAAACCACUUUCUCCUAGACCUCAAUUGAACCCUAUUUCUGUAAGACCUCCACUGACCCUUCUAUCGCCUAGACCCCAAUUGAGCUCUCUGGCUCAAAAAUCACCUAACUUGUAUGACCCGGUCCAGUUUGGGUCUGUUGGUAAUCUCCCCAAACAGAAACCUUCAUUCACACCCCCACCAUUACCUGCCAGAAAGUCGCCUCAGACUACCACACCAAGACCUGUCAGUAGUUACACACCAAGCUCUACUUCUCCAGUUCCCAAACCUAAUGAGGCGAACACAACUGUUUUCAGAUUUCCCCCUCUCAGCAUAAACAAUUUUCCCAACGCUCGAACUCCACCCCCAUUGGUAUCGGCAUACACUCAAACAACACCACAGUCUCCAUCGGUUUUCAAAUUUCCACAACAAUUUCCAUCGAAACAGUUCAAUUCCUUUGGCACACUGCCAGUUCGGAUUUCCCCUUUGGCCAAAGGAACCGAUACAACAAGGUCAGAGAAAGUGUCUUCAAGACGACCUAUUGUGGCAAUAUCCCCCACUGACACAAGUAAACCGUCGAUGUACGAGCCCCCACAGACCCCUGGUAGGAACGAGUACAAUCGUUACAGAGAUUCAUCAAUGAAAAGUCCAGGUUACCUUCCACCACUUCCUACCAGCCCUAGACCUAAACCUACACCUACACCGAUGACUCUUCCACAAAUAGAGUUUAAAAUCCAGCGCCCACAGUUAUCAGAGACAUCUUCCACGAGCACCUCGGACUCUGUGCUGACAGGCCCGCUACACAACCGAUCGAGUAGCACAACAAGCCUUCACACGAACAACACCGGAAGCUGGACCCAGCCGAUACCGAGAGUGGCUAUGAAGGCCCCACCCGGUGGCCAUGGCAAGCCAAAUGUUGCUCCUAAGCCUCCUGGCAUUGCAGCCAAGAGCCCUGGCAAACUAACCAAUGGGCGCAGUGGUGUAACUAGAGCCCAGAGCAUGAGGGCUCCUCGGUCUCCCCCAGUGGCCCCUCCUACAGGUCAAAUGUCCUUGUUACCAAACCAAAGCGAGCUCUACAAGGGAGCACCGAUGUUUCAUCAGUCCCAGGACUCUCUGCUUCACACCCCUCCACCACCCAAGCACCACACCUUGCCCUCGCCCAGGGCCGUGCCUCCACACCGACCACCCCUCAGGCCCCCUCAGACCAAGCCUCCACCUCCCCCACCCAACAAGGUGAUGAUGAUGAGUCCCCCCUGUCCUCCUCCACCACCACCUACACAAGCCCCCCCACCACCUACACAAGCCCCUCCACCACCUCCUCACAGAGUGCCUCUUCAGCCCCCUAGGAUACCGCCGUUGUCUGCGAGUUUGAGUCCUGCCCCUCCCCCUCCCCCAGCCAGACAUUCGUCUAUGCGAAAUGGACUGCCUUCCAGUUUCUCAAGCAAGCUGGAAGCGAGGUUCGCCGAGAGAUUCCACAUGAGGGAAGAGUUCCCACCCCCUCAAGUGUUCCUGAACGUCACCAAGAUGUAUAACAGCCGAACAGCCAAGCAGCCCGCUCCUCAGCCCCCGCAUCAUAUCCAGCUCAACUGGUCUCACGACAGUGCGUCCACUUGCUAGCAACGGCUCUACCUUAGCUCAACCAGGGUUUAUCUUUCAGCAGUUCUAUCGUCAACAUUUCUUCGAGGAGCAACUGCCAACUUUCACAACACCAUCGUGAAUCUAUUUCCCCCCUACUCCCUAUGAUGUGUUUGUAAUAAAUUUGGUUUGACUAACCGAGCCUUUCAUCAAACACCUAUAGUUGUGUUCCUCUACACUGUUUGAACUUAGUGGGUUUAAUAUAUUUUAUAUACUAAUUUGAUUGUAUAAAAUCAUACCGAAAUUAUUCUGGAUGUUAUCAAUUAAACUGCUUUAUUUUUAUUUAUUUCAUCAUUUCCAAAUGGCUAACUGUCUUGAUUUUCACAUCAAUAUUUUGAUGAAUGCUAAAACAAUAAAUGUAGGUCAGCAUCUCUGUAAAUCUAGUAACCACUAUUAAAUCAUACUGUAAUAAUUAUUCUAUAUAUUACUAUCAAUUAAACUAACUUGGAUAAAUUUGUUUAGUUUUUCAUAUUAAUCUUUGUUGAAUGUUAAAAUAUUUUUUUUAAUAGACUAAUAUCAAGAAUUUAAGUAUCCACAUGCCAGGCAUAGUCAUGCAAUCAUCAAUAAUAUGUCAAAACUUACAUUUUAUUAAGUUUUUUCUCGUUUGUUAUUAUUGUUGUGAUAUUUUAAAAUAGAUAAAUCUUCUGUUUUUCAUAACAAGUUAUAAACCAAUGUUGGGUUGGAAUGUGCAAUUUCAUAUAAAAUACAUAUUGUUUUAUUUUUUACCUUAGCAAAAGUAAAUUUGAUUAUUGUCUUGACUCUGACAUUUUAUUUUAUCUUAACCCUUAAAGCGCUGAAGAAAAUUUGGCCUGUGUUCAAUUAGCAUGCAUUUUUGAGAUUUAAAGAAUUCAGUUUUUGCCAAUGUUGAAUUUACUUACUAUUUUUGGAAGAAGAAUAUCAAUGUUUCUUAAAAAAAAGCUCUACUGGUUUUAAAUGUGGGUACACUGAUGGUUAUAUCCUCAUGCCCCACCUCGCUUAGUAAGAUGAAAUGGCAAUAAAAUUAUAGCACUUGUUUUUUACGAUCUUUCAUAAUAAUUUUCCCAUGAAACUCAUUCCUACACAUUCACAGCAUUUUCGUGAAUUAUAAUGUACAAAAUAAAUUAAAAUAAGACAAUACGGAUAUUCUUGUAUGCUUUGUUUAGUGUGAUUCCGAUUGAAUUGAUAUAUCUGUGGCGCGCUUUAAGGGUUAAUUAAUAACUAAAUCAUAAAACACAUGUAACAUGUGACAGUAUAGAUAGGCGUGGUGUUCAGUUUUCAGUGAGAGACAGUUACAUGUGUUUGUUUUUCUCUGUGUCUAAACUUAUAAACUAUGACAAUCCGUAUAAUGACAUUUUAUUGGGACUCUCACAUUGUAAAAUAUUUUAUUCCUAUAUGUACGAAGCAAUAAUAAUAAUUGAAGGGUAUCAGAGCUCUUGAAGAAAGUACCCAAAACUCAGUUAACAAAAAGUUUAGGAUUGUAAUUAUAGAAAAAGUUUAUCAUAUGUAUGAAAAAUUAGUUUUUAAAACUACUUAAUUUUCUAUCAAAUGAAUAUUUAAUUAAUUUAUGAUAAAAUAAUUUAACAGUUUUUGAAGAAAAAAGUGCACUUUGAGUUUUGAUGUAAACAAGUCUACACCAGUAUUUAACUGAUAACUAAAUUACAUUAGCUUAGAACUGACAAAUUCAACUUUGUAACAAAAUAAUUGUUUAAAGUAAAACCCUUAAAACUAUUGAUAUUAUUGAAAUUUUAUUACAAACAUUUUACUUAGAUGCUUAUAAACAUCAUUACUAUGUUAUAGAUACUAUUCAUUUUACUUUUGAAUUUCUAGCCUGUUAGUUUUUUUACCAGAAUUCCGUUGAACAAUUUCAUUUAUCUUCAUAAAAACAGAAUUCCGUUGAACAAUUUCAUACAUCUUCAUAGGAAAAAAGUAGUCUGGAAAAUUGGCUAUUGGGUAAAUAUUUAGUGUACGGUAUUAUUCCAGUAUAUAAAAAGUAUUCAUCCAGAUUUUUAAAUAUUGACAAAUUGAAAAGAGAAGUUUCAAAAAAUUUUCAAAAUUAUAAUGUGCUUUAAUGUCCAUAUGUGUGUACACAAGACUGACACGUGUAACAUAUCUCUCUUUGAUCCACGGAGUCCUGGAAGUCCACAUUUGUAUCUCUUAACGACUCUUUUAAUUAAUAACUGGUUAUUAUCUCUAGCUCUAUGUAGAGAUUUUUACAUAGGUUCAAGAUGGUAUUAUAAAACAAAAACAAUGCAAAGUGGCACUCUGCUGCUUUGGCUCUGAAAUCUUUCAGUAAAUAUUAAAUUGUUACACUGCCAGUGUAUUUUUUUGUCGACAGAUUGAAUUUAUUACUUUUCUCUGUUGUUGGUUUUGAACUAGGAUUACAUUUUCAGUAUUUUUGUGUUUAAAGUUAGUAUUUUACACUCUAAGACCACAAUACUGUUAACGGAUUUCUAUACUUAUUGUUUCCUUUUGUAUGUUGUUUAUUACUACACUUUUGUUAUUUUAUUUAUUUAUUUUAUAUGUAAGACUGAUUAAAUCCAAGUUAUAUAUUAUGCAUAUGCAAAAUAACACUGCAAAAGAAUAUUGCAACAAAAUAUGUUAAUCCGCGCAUGCAUUGAGUAGUAUUUAAGGAUAUAAUUAUACCUGUUUUAGUAUAGUUUUGUUAUUAUUGUUUUCUAGUUAAACACUCUUAACCAUAUAUUAUUAAUUGAUGUAUGAUCAUAGAGCUCAUACUAGAGUAGAUUAGUAAUAAAAUAGGCUUUUGUUCUGUUUAUAAAUAUCAGAAUUACAAAUUCCAAUUGAUUGGCAAUAUACAUAUUUAAAAAUUUGAGUUAUUGAAUUUUAGUUUUUAGUUCAGAAAACCGUAUCAGCAAGUGUUGUUUUUCAAAACUGUGUAUGUUAUGAAGAAAUAGUUAUAAUCAAUCAUUAGUGGUCAUCAAAUAUUGCCUCCAAAGUGGCAUUGUAAACCCGGUGAGAGGUCUUUCAAUCUGUAUUAACUUGUUUAACUGUUUAAUAAUGCAAAUGUUCAAUGACAAGUGGAUAUAUAAAAUUGUCAAUGGCGUAUGUGCUGUUAUACAGUAAUUUACUAAUAUUUGCACCGUAUUAACCAAAACUUCAUUUUCACGCUGUUUGUUUGAUUCUUUAUCCUGUUCUUACACUUAAUUGAUCCCCUGUGUUGAUUGUUAUCGUUGUUUUCGAGUGUGUUGGUCGGUAAAACGUUGCUGCAUCAUAAUUGCGUAUUGCGGAAUCAAAGGUUGUGUGACAUUGCGUACUUAACCAUAUUACUCUAAUGUGUUUUGAAAUAACCAUAAAUAAUUUAAGUAAUUGAAGUAAUAAUUUUCUAAGACAAUAUUUUGUUGUUAUUUAAAGUAAGCUAACCUAGUCAUCUAUUGUUUCUUCCAGGCACGAGGCUGCAAAGUAGUCUUUUACAUCAGACUUCCUACAAUUUUCUUCUAAAUGUGAAUUUUACUCAAAGGUUUUGGGUAGCAAUCAAAAUUUAUGUUGUCUUUAGUCUUUGUAGUGUGUGGUAUUAUCCCUGUCUUCCAGUCCUAGAGUUAUUUAAGAACUUCACAUUUUCCAUCACUUUACUAGAGAUUGACUGUAUUUUAACGUUCCAUAAACAGUCUAUUACUCUGCCUGGAUUAUAUUAUUUGUAACACGAUUAUUAUAUUUAACUGUACAUAAUAUUAGUAAAUAAUACCUGUUAUCAAAUAUGUAUAUAAUAUACUGUAAAUGUGUACAAACGGACCACUGUCUACCAGAAAUGUAUAUUGUAUACACUAGGAAAGAUAAUCAUAGUCUUAGGUUAUGGAAAACAUGUUGAUUUAAUAAUAAAACUGUGUUUUAAUUCCCUA